AUGGCCAGGACUGUGGGUGAUGCGACAAGGCGUCGCAAGAGCGUCAGCCUCAUUAAUUUUUGGCGUGGGGCACGCGUUGAGUGCGAGUAAGUCUGAAGUCUAAUAAAGUUGUUUGGCUCAAGAAUUGUCCAUAGCUCCAAUCUGAAUAGCAUCCAAACUGAUGUAAAACGAAUUGUGCAACGCGCUGAUAGAGAAAGCUAUAUGCACAAUGGAUCAUUUCUGGAGGCCAUUAGACCAGUGUUGAUCAUUGCUCAAGUCUUUGCUCUUAUGCCUGUGAGGGGUAUUUCGUCGAAGUUUGCUGAGGACCUGAGUUUUCGUUGGAUGAGUUUUCGCACCUGUUAUUCAUUGAUUGUAAUUGUGUGCUUCGGCGUUACCUCGGGGUUUAUGGCGAUGUUUGUCAUAAGCAUCGACUUUAAUUUCGAUUCGGUGCAAACGCUCAUCUUUUAUGGCUCGAUUUUAGCCAUUUCGCUGGCCUUCUUCCAGCUGGCCACGAAGUGGCCAGCAGUUGUCUCGGAGUGGCAAAUGGUCGAGUCCCAGUUGCCAAUGUUGCGCACAGAUCGAGAGCGUUCUGCAUUGGCUUCACACAUUCGAAUGAUUAUAAUGAUAGCCAUAGGCUGCUCGUUGGUGGAGCAUCUGCUGAGCAUGCUGUCCAGUUUGUACUAUGUGAACGCGUGUCCCGUCCUGCCAAAUGAGCCCAUCAACAGCUUCUUGCUUAUCAACUUUUCCAUGUUUUUCCACUUUGUCGACUACACUCCAAUCUUGGGCAUAAUUGGAAAAGCGAUCAAUGUCUUGGCAACCUUUGCCUGGAGCUUCAAUGAUAUUUUCGUGAUGGCCGUCAGCGUUUCCCUAGCGGCCCGUUUCCGGCAGCUAAACGAUCACAUGCUCCGCGAAGCACGCUUGCCCACCAGUGUUGAUUUCUGGAUACAGAACCGCAUCAGUUUCCGCAAUCUGUGCAAGCUAUGCACUGUCGUGGAUGAUGCUAUAUCAGUUAUAACGCUUCUAUGCUUCAGCAACAAUCUGUAUUUUAUAUGUGGCAAAAUUUUAAAGAGCCUGCAGAAGAAACCUUCGGCAUCGCAUACGGCAUACUUUUGGUUCUCGCUGGGCUAUCUGCUGAGUCGGACUUUAAUCCUUUCGCUUUAUAGCGCCAGCGUCAAUGAUGAGUCCAAGCGGCCGUUGGUUAUCUUUCAACUGGUGCCAAGGCCCUACUGGUCCAUUGAGCUAAAACGCUUUUCGGAGGAGGUUCACAUGGACCAGGUGGCUUUAACGGGCAUGAAACUCUUUCGAUUGACACGUGGCGUUGUCAUAGCGGUGGCUGGCACGAUUGUAACCUACGAACUGAUAUUGCUGCAAUUCAACAAGGAGGACAAAGUUAAUGACUGCUAUGAGCACUAA